AUGCAAUUUAAAGAAGAAUUGAUAAAAGUGGUAAUCAAUUUAAUCGAAGAGUUAUUUGAAUGUAAACUAAACUUUGUCAUGCAAGAAGUAAUUUAUUACUCAUCAUAGGUUAAUGAUAAACUUAAUCGUAUGCAUUAAGAUAUUGAAAGUAUGUAAGAUGUUUUAGUUAAACACUUUUCUCAUCAAAUAGCCCAUUCCAGAACAGAGUCUUUAAGUGAAACUAUUGAUACUGCUGAAGAAGAUCAAUUUAAGAAAUCAAUCAAUGCUGAAUUAGAUAAUCUAACCAUACGUGUCUAAUAACUAGAAUACACUAAUCAUAUUAUUCUUGAUACUUAAGCUAUCUCUAAAACUAACUUUAAAGAUCUUGAACGUAAAAUAUAACCAUUGUAAGAAUAAAUUUCUAAAUCAAUCGAAGAAAUGAAAAAGGACUUAAAGGGUACAUUUCAUCUAAUUAUAUAGAUAAGUAAACCUUUUAAUGGACAGUUUUGAAUGAUCAAAUUGAACGAGUAGAAAAAUAUGUCUAAAAACUUAAAUAAGCCGACAUAUUAAUCUAAUAAAAAUAAUUAUUGUAAACACAAACCAAUAAGAAAUCAAAAUGA